GUGCUAUGGGUAACGCAGGAAGUAAUUUACCCCGCGAGCGUCAUAAAUCCGGAUCAAAUGAUCCAAUACCUGGCUCACCGAUGAAGGACGAUCAGGCGUUUGUGUUCGACCGGAAACCGCACAACAUGCACGGAUAUCCGUACCCAACCGAGGAAGAGGUAGAACCGUACGGUUAUUCCAAGUCCGUACCGGAUCCGGAAUUUACCCGCGAACCAAGAAAGCGGUCCAGCACCAUGUCAGAGGGUACUACACCGUCCGACAUGCCAGCAGGAGUUGGAGGGGCGGGUGUUGGUCCGGGUGGACCUGGGGAAGGGGAAGAACCGCAAUCGACCACCCUUCCGACCGUGUUCAAGUGGGACGGUGGUGGCAAGCAGGUAUUUAUCAGUGGAACGUUCUCGCAGUGGAAGGUACUGCCGAUGGUGAAAUCGCACGCGGAUUUUGUCACCAUUAUCAACAUCCCGGAAGGGGACCACCAGUAUAAGUUUCUGGUCGAUGGCGAAUGGAAGCAUGAUCCGAAGCUGAAAAAUGUUGAAAAUGAUUCUGGCUUCACGAACAACCUCGUUACCGUGCGUCAGUCCGACUUUGAAGUAUUUCAAGCGCUAGCCAAGGACAGUGAAGAUACGGGCAAGGAUGAAUCGAAAGACUGGGGCCAAGAUAUACCGACUGCCAGACCGUGGGGUAAGGAAUCGGGACCACCUAUACUGCCGCCCCAUCUGCUGCAGGUUAUUCUCAACAAGGACACACCACUAUCGUGCGAACCAACACUUCUUCCCGAACCGAACCACGUCAUGUUGAACCACCUGUACGCCCUUUCGAUCAAGGAUGGUGUAAUGGUGCUGAGUGCGACACAUCGCUAUCGGAAGAAAUACGUUACCACACUGCUCUACAAACCGAUCUAGACACGCGACGG